UUGUAGUGUAGUGUGUAUGUGGUGUGUAUGGGUUAUACUUACUUCCAUUUCCAUUCCACAUUUUGGUGUUGAAAUCAAUUCUUUAAAUUUACUUCUAAAUGUUAAUUUAAUAUUUUAAAGUUACGAACACAAUUGAAAAAAUGGAAUAUAUUACUCCGGAGAGUUUACAACAAGGGUCAAAUAGCACUAGAAUAUUGUGCUGUCAAUGUGCAGUGCCCAUAGAAGCAAAUCCAUCGAAUAUGUGUGUAGCAUGUCUACGAGCCCAUGUUGAUAUUACUGAUGGUAUUCCAAAACAAGCAACACUUUUCUUCUGUAGAGGAUGUGAAAGGUAUUUACAGCCUCCAGCAGAAUGGGUUGUAUGCGCUUUGGAGUCUCGCGAGCUUCUGGCUCUUUGUUUAAAAAGACUAAAGGGCUUGAACAGGGUGAAACUUAUUGAUGCUGGAUUUGCUUGGACAGAGCCACAUUCCAAGAGAAUAAAAGUCAAAUUGACUGUUCAGGGUGAGGUAAUGGGAGGGGCAGUACUCCAACAAACAUUUAUUGUGGAGUUCACGAUUCAACACCAGAUGUGUGAUGCUUGCCAUCGUUCUGAAGCCCAAGAUUAUUGGAAGGCUUUGGUGCAAGUCAGGCAGCGUGCUAACAAUAGGAAAACAUUCUACUAUUUAGAGCAACUGAUUCUGAAACACAGGGCGCAUGAAAACACACUUGGUAUAAAACCCAAACAUGAUGGCCUUGACUUCUUCUAUGCAACCGAGAGCCACGCACGCAAAAUGGUCGAUUUUAUACAGUCUGUGUUGCCAAUAAAAUGCCAGCAUUCCAAGAAGCUGAUAUCACAUGACAUCCACAGCAACAUAUACAAUUACAAGUUCACAUUCAGUAUCGAGAUUGUGCCUCUUUCUAAAGACAGCAUUGUAUGCCUGCCGAAGAAGUUGACACACCAACUUGGGUCCAUAUCCCCAAUUUGCUUGGUAAAUAGAGUGACCAGUACCAUUCAUUUGAUUGAUGCAAGCACAGGCCAAGUGUGCGACCUGUCUGCUACGAUGUAUUGGAGAUAUCCCUUUACGCCAAUCUGCAAUCCGAAACAACUUGUGGAAUACAUUGUUAUGGAUAUAGACAUUAUUAAAGAACAUGAAAAGAAAUCUUUUCCUGGUCAGGGGAUGGUUUCGAACAAACAUGUGGUGGCCGACGUGUGGGUUGUGAGGGCCAGUGAGCUUGGUAUGGACGUGAACCCUAUUCACACGAAGACCCACCUUGGUCACAUAUUGAAGCCUGGUGAUACUGUUUUGGGGUAUAACCUAGAAAAUUCUAAUGUGAACGAUACGAACCUGGACAAGUUGGAUAGUAGUGUGGUACCCGACGUAUUCUUAGUCAAGAAAUACUAUGGAGAGAAGGCUGCGCGUCGGCGCGCGCGCAACUGGAAACUGAAACAUAUGGCCGAGGAACUACAUGAUGGAAUCAGUUCUACUAAUGAGGACUACAACGAUUUCCUGGACGACCUGGAAGAAGAUCCGGCGUUCCGUCAGAACAUCAAUAUCUUCAAGGACACCAAGAAACUAGCGGUAGAUACUGACGAAAUAGACCCCGCCCUGCCUCGCAUUACACUGGCGGAGAUGUUGGAUGACCUACAUAUCGAGGAUGUGGAAAUGAGCGAAGUUUGAAGUAAAUUUUUGUUCUUCAUUAAUGGAUUAAAGUGUAUUUUUCGUUUA